CUUAUGCAAGGCACUUAAACCGUGGAUCGGCCUGCGCCACAACCUCGUACUUUCGUGUCCAUUUGCGCCACAGUCACGCUAUCCAUGGCGCCAGCGCGUCUUGCCAGUUGCCUCCAUUUACACGCCAGUCCUGAUCACCACCAAGUUAUCCUUUGCCGACAUGAUGAAGCCGCCGUGAUGCAACCAUAUGCAACAUACAUGGAUAAUGACCAAAUUCAAGUACCUAGCCCAAAACGGGUGAAACUAUAUCCCCAGAUUCAGAUGUCCGCUGUCCGAAGAGACCUGCUAGAACUUCGCUUCACCCACGUCAAGACGCUACGGGAGUAUUUGCUGUGUAAAUUACCGGUUUCGUCUCGACUAAGAAGACGUAAAAUAGCUCAACUUGGCCUCGAGGCAGCCUGUGGUGGUACAGAAUACACCCUGUCUCAAUUGCUUGAUACCUGUCUCGUUGGGUUUCGAGUCCUCCACCAGCAUGAAGACACAGCCCGAUGGGCUUCCUGGUUAUCAUUCUCUCAAAAAGUAGAGGAUUCGUAUGUAACUGUGUCAGGGGGGCCAGAAAAUGCCCUGUAUUCCCAAAAGGAGAUAGUCGAAUUUGUCAUAUGGCUACUCUUUUCUCGCGAGAAGCGGCCAGGGUGCUGGCCCCGACACCUUAUUUGCGAUGGAUUUCGUAGGGGAAACAUAGACAAGCAGGAUGCUCCCAUGAAUAUCCCCGGCAUUUACAGUGUCUUCGAAAACGCAAACGUAGCUGCUCUCUGCUCUGACCCCUGGCCCCAAGUUUUGGCUUUACUCGGACAAGCUGGUGAGAGAAUCAUGAUUGAUCUGUUGAUUGACUGUUCUAUAUUCCUGAGAGUGCAUUCAGGAUACAAUAAUUACUAUCAACUCAAUGGGUUACCAUUGGCCGAGUAUGCUACUGCACCCAAUGCUACGAAUCUCAGCUCUGAAAGUGAGCAAACGAAAUCGAAGACUCCAUCUGAGAUUUCUAUAGUUAGAAGCCGUGUUUUUUAUGGCAAACCGUCGUUCAACGCAGGCGGUUUCAUUCAAGCAGGGCUUAAACCUAUACAUGCAUUAAAUCGUCUAAAAGUGUCCCUUCCCUCGCAAAGCAAAGGGUCACCAUCAAGGACUGCGAAAGACGAUCUACACACUCUCAAACUCAUGAUGUACAUAUUCCCGAGACAGUUCUGCUUGCACAACGUUUUCACCUCCGUCGUAGAUUCGAAUCAAACUUCACAAAAGUUUCAGGACUACACACUACGUGAGGAUGAAAUAUCGGCAGUUAUACACGCUGUGAAACAGCGGGACGCAACUAAGUUACCAAAUAUACCUAAGCGCUUGCGUGGUGACGCUAGGAGGCUGGUACGGCGAAUGCAGCUCAAUCACAAGAGGUGUUCCUACCAUGAACUUCUUAACCACUACUGUCCAUUGCCGAUUGAUAUCAAUACCGACUCUCCUGUAACGGUAAAUACACCGUCAACCUCUCAACAACCAAAGGCAGACAAUCCGCCAAACACUUACCGCUGCCCGUCAAUCAAAAAACGACAAGAGUCGGGGUCCAGGACACGAGCAAGCCAGAUGCGUGAAACAAUAUUGAAAGGCGACACCACCAUCACGGAUCUUGCAUGUACUGGGCAUCACGUUUCGAUGUUCUGUCAAACAGUUUUGUCUAGGCUGAUACCAACCGACUUUUGGGGUGUCGGUGAGACCGGGCUCCUUAAUCAAACGGAAUUCUUCAAGAAAAUAGGCCACUUUCUUUCACUUCGCCGAUUUGAAAAUAUGAGUUUGCAUGAGUUGGUUCAAGGAAUCACGAUCAGCAACAUUGCUUGGCUACAAUUGCCAUCGACUAUUAAUGAUAAGCCAAGCAAAACAGAAACUACAAAACGGAUGGAGAUAUUUCUCGAGUUUUUAUACUAUACUGUUGAUUCUCUGCUUAUCCCACUCUUGCGCAAUAACUUUUACGUUACAGAGAGCAAUACGGAUAAAUACAAGGUCUUUUAUUUUCGGCAGGACGUAUGGAAAAUGAUUUCAGAUCCGGCCAUGGACGGGUUGAGAAAUCAAAUGCUGGAAGAGUUUACUCCUCCCGAUUUGAAGAGCAUUACCGCAUCAAGGAAACUUGGUACUGCUAAGAUUAGACUACUACCGAAAGGGAGUAAGUUGCGACCAAUCACCAACCUGAAGCGGAGGGAGAUGGCCGGUAACAAGUCCAAGACUUUGCUGCGGAGCAUCAACUCUAUUAUGAAACCCGUUCACACCAUGUUGCAGUUAGAAAAGACCCUCAAUCCUUCAAUGCUUGGAGCAUCCAUGUUCUCAGUUGGUGAGCUUUAUUGGAGAAUAAAGUCGUUUCGAACACAGCUCAAAUCUCCGCUACCAUCUCUCUAUUUUGCAAAGCUGGACGUACAAGCAGCCUUCGACACGAUACCACAAGAAACGGUGUUGAAUCUCAUGUCAACAGUCCCGAAACGAGCUAAAUUUCGGGCCAACAAACAUACAGAAAUAAGUACAGGCGAGAGGCCGCUGACUGGUGAAGCACCAGCCCCCAUAAAACAAGUCAAUAGAUGGCACAACGUUGGCCAGGAUAUGGCUGACCGAGACACCCUCGUCCGUCGCAUCGAAGCUACAAUGGGGCAUAAAAAAAAGAAUACAGUUUUUGUCGGAUCCGCAGCUGUUGCAGUAUAUGAUACAAGGGCAAUGCUUCAGCUUAUGGAUGAGCAUGUUGCGCAGAAUCUAGUCAAAGUCGGGAACAAGCUAUAUCGGCAGAAGAAGGGAAUCCCACAAGGUUCUGUGAUAUCAUCCUUCCUUUGCAAUUACUUUUACGCCGACUUGGAGCGGCGACAUCUUCCGUUUCUCGCAGAAGAAGGCUGCCUCUUGGUUCGCCUAAUCGACGAUUUCCUCCUCAUAACGACUGACGAAUCGAAGGCGAAGAAGUUUGUAAGGGUGAUGCACCGCGGAUUUCCGGAAUACGGUGUGCAAGUCAGCAAGAAGAAGACUUUGGUCAACUUUGACAUGACUCUAGAAGGGGAGAGAGUUUGCAAGGUUGAUGGAAGAGGUUUUCCGUACUGCGGGACAGCGAUAGACUGCAAAACGCUCGAUAUCAGCAAAGAUCGUGAACGCAGCGCUACAAUACGUGAGAUUCAAGACUUUUUGAUACCAAAUACUAUGCUAACAAAUUCAAGAUAUUGCCAACUCCUUGACAGUCGAAUAUGGCCGACUCCCAGGACAGAACUUCCAGCGCAAAGUUUUGAAUGCUUUCAAACUUCAGUCGCACCAAAUGUUCUUUGAUACCUCGCAUAACGCAACACGAACAGUUUUGGAUUCCCUUAGAGCUGCCUUUGUAGAAACGGCGGCCAAGAUGUGUGCAUAUAUGAAGGCACUGGCGUCUGUAAAGAGGGAGCCAAACACAGCCCUAAUUAUUCGCACCGUCGGGAAGACUAUCGAUGUCGCAUACCUUAUCCUGACUAGUAAGUCGAGGAGGUUGCGGCACAAGGACUACGAGUGUGCCAUUAGAAGAAACCAAGUACAAGCGGCCGGCUUUGCCGCAUUCUUGGAGGUACUUGCGAAGAAGCAGACGCAGUACAAGGAAGUCCUGGCUUGGCUUCAGACUGAGCUGGACAAGGUUACUUGGAGUGCCCGAAAGCAUGUAUUAUAGUUUGGCAAAUGGACACUAAAAUAUUCGUGUAUUCAUACUUAUCUAGUAUUGACCAAGUGCCAGACAUGAUCAAUCUAUAUCUAGCAACUAAAUGACAAGCCCGCUCAAAAACCAAUUUUUAUCAAGAUGCGGUUGUGCCACAUAAUAUCUGUCCCAUCGCAACCACCCAGCACCAGGCUCGCCCAUGCCAAGUCCACGGAACAGCGAUACAGGGACGGGCUCCAGGAGCCACAGGCCUAGCGCAGCCAAGUCAUCAACAAACAGCGGCGCCGUCAAGAACAACCACCCAAGCACGAACAAGAAAUUGCUUGCCCGGCAGAUGGCCCUCGGGGCUGCUUUCGACACAGGCUUCAAGAUGGCCAGGAUAACCUGCUGAAUGCAAAUGCCUACGCCCUGACAAAGGAAGAAGAGCAGUGGCCGCCACGGCUUUGUCUGCGGCAUAGAAGACACACUGCCUGACAUGUGCAUCAGGCCUGACUGUGUAAAGCUGAUAAACAUGGAAAGGAUGGCAGUAAAGAGUGUGCCUUUCUGAAGAUAGCCGUGACGGAUCAUCCAGGUCGCUGGCGCAAGAAACUGAAUCCGGAAUGUCUGAUGCCACCAGGCUCCCCACAUGCCUGCGAGGCCACGAUCAAGGACCUGCGAGAAGGACCCAUAUGUAGAGGCGUACAUCCACGUGUUGUCCCUCAAUGGGAAGAACCUCUUGAUGACAAAAUACUGGACGAGAUCUGCCGCGGCAAACACGCCAUCAACUGUGGCGAGGAUGGCUACCAUGGAGAAGAUUUCGCGGUAGAGGAGCAGCGCAGGUGCUGGUAGCGAUGCAAGAUACCAUGGCAGCGGAUAUAGAUGGUGCGGUUGAUCAGGACCGAGAAUAGCGUAUGGGUCGUUGAUCAUGAAGCUGGUGAGAAAGUCGAGCAGGAGAUACGACAUUAGCAAUGUGCGGGCUCUGCUCCAGACAAAAUCGCGUUUAGUUGCGCAGCGCACAUAGCCAGAUGCCGUGACUAGAGGAAUAGUAGAUACAUCGACGAUUGAUCCAUCUACAAUGGUUUCGAGGAUGUCUGCUGGUCGAGGGAUAGCCGAGGAGGACCAGUUCCAGC